AUGUACAGGGGAGAAAUACAUGAGCAGAUCAGAUCUGACCCGGUCCUGCAGAAACACACACUGGACACAGGAGACCUGCAGAGAGUCAAAGAGCAGCACAAAACCAGCAUGAAGAACAAGUAUGAGAGAUUAUUUGAGGGAAUCAAACUCCAGGAGAAUGAAAGCCUCCUGAACAGCAUCUACACACAGCUCUACAUCAUAGAGGGAGAGAGAGAAGGAGUGAAUGAAGAACAUGAGGUUUUACAGAUGGAGAAAACAGCCAGAACACAACACUCACAAGACACUCCAAUCUACUGCAAUGACAUCUUUAAAGCCUCCGCUGAAGCAGGAUCUGAGGAGAAAGAGCAGAUCAAGACUGUUCUUACUAAAGGCAUCGCUGGAAUCGGAAAAAACGUCUCUGUGCAGAAGAAGAGGAAGAAUAGGAAGAGGAAGAGGAAGAAGAAGAGGAAGGAGGAGGAGGAGGAGCAGGAACAGGAGAAGGAGAAGGAGAAGGAGAAGGAGAAGGAGAAGGAGAAGCAGAUCAAGACUGUUCUUACUAAAGGCAUCGCUGGAAUCGGAAAAACCGUCUCUGUGCAGAAGUUCAUUCUGGACUGGGCCGAGGGAAAAGCCAAUCAGGAUGUAGAUUUCAUGUUUGUGCUUCCAUUUCGAGAGCUGAACUUGAUCCGAGAUCAUCAGUACAGUCUUCACAGACUUCUGCUGGACUUUCAUCCUGAACUUCAAGAUCUGGACUCACAGAUUUAUGAGCAGUGUAAAGUUGUGUUCAUCUUUGAUGGUCUGGAUGAAAGCAGAAUCACACUGAUGUUUUCAGAUGCUCAGAAAGUGUGUGAUGUGACUGAGACUUCAUCAGUGGCUGUGUUGAUGUCAAAGCUGAUGAAAGGAGAGCUGCUUCCCUCUGCUCUCAUCUGGAUCACCUCCAGACCAGCAGCAGCCAAUCAGAUCCCCUCCAAAUACAUCCACCGUCUGACAGAGAUUCAGGGAUUCACUGAGCCUCAGAAGGAGGAAUAUUUCAGGAAGAGAAUCAGUGAUGAGCAUCAAGCCAGCAGAAUCAUCUCACACAUCAGAAGAGCAAGAAGCCUCCACAUCAUGUGCCACAUCCCCGUCUUCUGCUGGAUAUCAUCCACUGUGCUUCAGAAGCUCCUGGAAGAAGAUCUGAGAGCAGAAAUCCCUCAAACUCUGACUGAAAUGUACAUCCACUUCCUGCUGAUUCAGAUCAACAUGAGGAAGCAGAAGUAUGAAGAGAGAGAUCCAGAGAAACUCCUGCCGUCCAACAGAGAAGUGAUUGUGAAACUUGCUGAAGUGGCUUUCAAACAGCUGAUGAAGGGCAAUGUGAUGUUCUAUGAGGAGGACCUGAUUGAGAGCGGCAUAGACGUCACUGACGCCUCAGUGUAUUCUGGGAUUUGCACUGAGAUCUUUAAGCAGGAAUCUGUGAUUCAUCAGAGGAAAGUCUACAGCUUCAUUCAUCUGAGCUUUCAGGAGUUUCUCGCUGCUUUCCAUGUGUUUUACUAUCAUAUGAAUACAACUAUGGAAAUACUUAAGAAUUUCGCUUCAAUACAAAAUUUGCUUAAUGCGGCAGUAGAUAAUGCCAUUGAGAGUAAGAAUGGACGUCUGGAUCUGUUCCUGCGGUUCCUGCUGGGCAUCUCACUGGAGUCCAAUCAGAGACUCUUACAGGAUCUACUGACACACACAGAGAACAGCUCAGAAAGCAUCAGGAGAACCACACAGUACAUCACAGAGAAGAUCAAAGAUGGACAUGGACUCUCCACUGAAAGAUCCAUCAAUCUGUUCCUCUGUUUGCUGGAAGUGAAAGAUCAAACUCUGUCCAGAGAGAUUCAGGAGUUUGUGAAAUCAGACAAACACUCAGAGAAGAAACUCUCUGCUGCUCACUGCUCAACAAUCUCCUACAUGAUUCAGAUGUCAGAGGAGACACUGGAUGAGCUGGACCUCAUGAAAUACAACACAUCAGAUGAGGGGAGAAGAAGACUGAUACCAGCUGUGAUCAACUGCAGAAAAGCACUUCUUGCUGGCUGUAAUCUCACUGCUCAGUCCUGUGAAAUUGUGUCAUCAGCUCUACAAUCCUCACACUCUGUCCUGAGAGAACUGGAUCUGAGUAACAAUGACCUUCAGGAUUCAGGAGUGAAGCUGCUCUCUUAUGGACUGAAGAGUCCAAACUGUCAACUGCAGAUACUGCGUUUGUCUGGCUGUAUGGUGACAGAGGAAGGCUGUGGUUAUUUGUCUUCAGCUCUGAGUUCAAACCCUUCACACCUGAGAGAGCUGGAUCUGAGCUACAAUCACCCAGGAGAUUCAGGAGUCCAGCUGCUCAAACACCAUCUGGAGGAUCCAAACUAUAGACUGGAGAAACUCAAUUUGGAUCAUGGAGAACCUUUCAGAAUCACACCUGGACUGAAAAAAUAUGCGUGUGAUCUCACACUGGAUCCAAACACAGCAAACUAUCAUCUCAUCCUGUCUAAGGACAACAGAAAGAUUACACGUGUGAAAGAGCCACAGUCGUAUCCUGAUCAUCCAGACAGAUUUAAGCACCAUGAGCAGGUCCUCUGUAAAGAGCGUCUGACUGGACGCUGUUACUGGGAGGCUGAAUGGGACAAGGGAGGGGUUGAUAUAGCAGUGACCUAUAAAGAAAUCAUAAAUAGAGGAGGCAGUUGUAAUCGUUGGUUUGGAAACAGUGAUAAAUCCUGGAGUCUGUACUGCUCUGUUAAUGAAUUUACUAUCUGGCGCAAUAAUAAGAGCAGUAAUAUAUCAGUCCCUUCAUACUCUAAGAGAGUAGGAGUGUAUGUGGAUGUGUCGGCCGGUACUCUGUCAUUCUACAGCGUCUCUGAAACACACACACUCACACACUUACACACAUUCAACACCACAUUCACUGAACCCCUGUAUGCUGGAUUUAGGGUUUAUGAAUCCUCACUGUCUCUGUGUCAGUUUUAACAGCCUCCAGUGAGUAACAACUGACACAUCAGUUGCUUAAGUCACACAAUCAAAUAUUAG